AUGUCUAACGAAAUUGAUUUACUACAGAAACAAAUCUCUGAGUUGCAAGAUUUGGUCAAGAAGCAAAGUCUAAUUAUCUCGAAGACUGGAGAGCGUGUCCUAGAACUACAAGUAGCCAAACAAAAGAAUGCUGUCUCUGAUUUUGACUCGAAAUUUUCAAAAUCCAUUUCUAAGAAAUCAGGCUCCACAGCUCAAUUCGAUGCGACUGAUUUCGCCACAAACGAAGAUCUAGUGGAAUUGGUCAAAGAACUGCAAGGGGAGCUAAAUUUCAUUGAGGAAAGGUCUAUCAGAAGACUUGUCAAUUCUAUGAAAAAAGGGGACGACGAUGUUAUAGCGCCACUACCAAAUGCGGAUGGUGAUAUCCCUGACACUUCGGACGGUGUCUUCCCUAAGUCAUUAAAGGAGUUUAGAGACAUAGCUGACUUAAAGCUGAUUAGACUUGCUAAAUUCUACGAAAGAUUGCCACCAACCUUAAAGGAACAAGAGGAUUUUGAAAACUUUUUAGAAGGUAAAGUAGAAGCGUUCCAUAUUAAUGAAACUACCGACGAAGAGGUUUCUAAGGAACUGGAGAAAUUUUCCAAGAAUGAACUAGACGAUGCUUUUAACGACGUUGCUCGUUAUUUGGGUCUCUCUUUGAGAAGAGGAACGGAAAUAUGGUAA